AUGUUACCGCUUUGGUUGCAUACUUAUAUUUGGCCCUUCGCUAUCAUAUGGCCCAUCUUCUUUCGAUAUUACCUCUCGCAAGAUCUUUAUGACAAACAUAUUGGCGGCCAAGAAUGGACAUUUGUCUGGUGUGGGACAAUUAUCACGGCGCAAAGUUUAGUAUGGCUGAGCACAAAUUGGAACAUUAACUUGAGAGCUCUCUUCACUUCAACCUCCGCAAAGACUGUUUCGGACGCCCAGUUGAUCAAGGUUCACCCUAUUAUGAAUGCUGGCUCUGCCGAUUUUUGCAAGAUAGAUAGGGACAAUGCUGGUGGUAAAAGCAAUGUAUCCUUCCUCUUCCAAAAACGUCGAUUCCUCUACGACGCUUCGAAAAACUCGUUUGCCCCCUUGACAUACUCGAUAGAUUCAGAGCCAAAGCCACUUUUGGAGACAUAUCAAAAGUCUAGAGGUAUAGAUUCUGCAUCUGAGCUUUCCAGAAUUCAUCAACAUUAUGGCGAUAACACUUUCGAUAUUCCCGUCCCUACAUUUUCGGAGCUGUUCAAGGAACACGCAGUCGCACCAUUCUUCGUCUUUCAGAUUUUCUGUGUUGGUUUAUGGAUGUUGGAUGAUUACUGGUACUAUUCCUUGUUUACCCUCGCCAUGUUGGUAGGAUUUGAGAGCACUGUGGUCUGGCAGCGCCAAAGAACCUUGACCGAAUUCCGCGGGAUGAGUAUCAAGCCGUAUGAUCUUUUUGUUUACCGAUUGAAUAAAUGGGAGGAAACACAAAGUGACAAGCUUCUGCCUGGAGAUUUAGUUUCAGUGGGCCGAACCAAGGAGGACAGUGGUGUAGCCUGCGACAUGAUUCUGGUUGAAGGAAGUGCCAUUGUGAACGAAGCAAUGUUGUCCGGAGAAAGUACUCCAUUAUUGAAAGAUUCAAUUCAGCUCAGACCUGGGGAUGCAGUAUUAGAACCGGAAGGACUUGACAAGAAUGCAUUCUUGUAUGGAGGAACAAAAGUUCUUCAAAUUACGCAUGGAAAUACCGAAGAAGAAAGGCCCAAGAUCGCUUCAGGCGUUCCUCUUCCUCCCGACAACGGUGCUAUGGCCAUUGUGGUAAAGACUGGAUUUGAGACAUCACAAGGAAGCUUGGUUCGAACUAUGAUUUACUCCACCGAGCGAAUAUCUGCAAACAAUGCCGAGGCAUUGUUCUUCAUUCUCUUUUUGUUAAUCUUCGCGAUCGCUGCAUCUUGGUAUGUUUGGGAUGAAGGUGUUAAAAAGGACAGAAAACGAUCCAAGCUUCUUCUUGAUUGCGUCUUGAUCGUAACCAGUGUGGUACCCCCAGAGUUGCCCAUGGAGCUCAGUCUUGCAGUCAACACUAGUUUGGCCGCUCUUAGUCGUUAUGCUAUCUACUGUACCGAACCGUUCCGCAUUCCAUUUGCUGGACGGGUUGAUGUGGCGUGUUUCGAUAAGACCGGUACCUUAACCGGAGAGGAUUUGGUCGUAGAGGGUAUUGCCGGUCUUGGUCUUGGCCAUACUGGAACCGGUACACCCCGUGAAAAGGAUGGUGCCCACAGCUAUAUCACCCCUGUGCAAAAGGUUUCCCUGGAAACUACAUACGUGCUCGCCACGGCUCAUGCUCUUGUCAAGUUAGAUGAGGGUGAUAUUGUUGGAGAUCCUAUGGAAAAGGCUACACUGACCUCCUUGGGUUGGACGCUUGGACGAAAUGACAUUCUAUCUAGCAAGAUUUCAACUGGUGCACCUUCAUCUGCAGUCCAGAUUAAGCGUCGAUUCCAAUUCUCAUCUGCUCUUAAACGUCAAAGCUCCGUCGCCUCAUUAACCGCGCUCAAUCCUCAAACUGGAAAAAAGAUUCGUUCUACCUUUGUUGGUGUCAAAGGAGCACCGGAAACCAUUAUGAAAAUGUUGGUCAAGGUUCCGGCCGACUAUGAAGAAACAUACAAAUACUUCACUAGGAAAGGAUCACGCGUUCUCGCUCUGGCAUACAAGUAUCUCUCUACCGACUCUGAACUUGGCUCUGGUAAGAUCAAUGAUUUGAAGCGCGAAGUAGUAGAGAGCGAGUUACAUUUCGCUGGUUUCUUGGUCCUACAUUGCCCUCUUAAAGAUGACGCGAAAAAGUCUGUUCAGAUGCUGAAUGAAAGCAGUCACCGUGUUGUCAUGAUUACUGGUGAUAACCCCCUAACAGCCAUCCAUGUUGCCAGAGAGGUUGAGAUAGUCGAUAGGGACGUUCUCAUCCUCGAUGCUCCAGAACAUGAUGACUCAGGGGAGAAGCUUGUAUGGAGAAGUGUCGAUGACAGUAUCAGCAUUCCCGUUGAUCCUUCCAAACCCAUAGACAAGAAGAUUAUCGAGGAAAAUGACUUGUGCGUCACCGGUUACGCUCUGUCUAAAUACAAAGAUCAAUCUGCUCUUUCUACCAUCUACCGUUACGCAUGGGUAUAUGCCCGUGUUUCACCAAAACAGAAAGAAGAGAUUCUUACCGGGUUGAGGGGUCUUGGUUAUCACACUCUUAUGGCUGGUGAUGGUACAAAUGACGUUGGAGCUUUAAAACAAGCCCAUAUCGGUGUUGCGUUACUCAAUGGCUCACAGGAUGAUCUCAACAAAAUCGCCGAACAUUACAGGAACAACAAAGUUAAGGAGCUUUACGAAAAACAAUGUCAAAUGAUGACACGAUUUAAUCAACCAACGCCUCCGGUACCUGUUUUGAUUGCACAUUUGUAUCCGCCAGGACCUAAAAAUCCACACUACGAGAAAGCUAUGCAACGGGAAGCCGAAAAGAAAGGUAUUACAGUGGCUCUCAUGGAAACAGCUGCCAAAAAAACCGACGACGUGGAAACGAUUACUUCACCUGCUGCCCAAGCACUUAUCGAUGGCCAGCAAAACAAACCUACGCUGAAUGAAGCACAGAAGAAAGCAGCUAGUCUUGCUGAUAAAAUGACCCAAAGUUUGAUGGACGCUGAGAUGGACGACGAUGAGCCCCCUACAAUCAAACUUGGUGAUGCAUCCGUUGCUGCUCCAUUCACCAGUAAAUUGAGUAAUGUCAUCGCCAUUCCCAAUAUCAUCCGUCAAGGUCGCUGUACACUUGUUGCCACUAUCCAAAUGUACAAAAUCCUCGCUUUGAAUUGUCUUAUCAGCGCCUACAGUCUUAGCGUCCUUUAUCUCGAAGGUAUCAAAUUUGGUGACGGCCAAGUCACAAUCAGUGGAAUGCUCAUGAGUGUUUGCUUUUUGUCAAUUUCUCGUGCUAAGUCUGUAGAAGGUCUUUCCAAAGAACGACCACAGCCAAAUAUCUUCAACUUUUACAUUAUUGGAUCUAUACUCGGACAAUUUGCAGUCCACAUAGUUACACUCAUAUACAUCGCACGUUUCUGCGAUAAAAUUGCUCCACGUGACCCAGAUGUUGAUCUCGAAGGAGAAUUUGCGCCGUCUCUCCUGAACAGCGCCGUGUAUCUCUUACAACUGAUUCAACAAAUCUCCACUUUUGCCAUCAAUUAUCAAGGCCGUCCAUUCCGUGAAGCGAUUUCUGAAAACAAGGGAAUGUAUUAUGGUAUCAUUGGAGUUUCCGCAAUUGCAUUCUCAUGCUCCACCGAAUUUAUUCCCGAGGUCAACGAAAAGAUGAAACUUGUACCUUUCACAUACAACUUCAAAGUAGUCAUGACAACCACAAUGAUCGUCGAUUAUCUCGCCUGUUUCGUGAUUGAGAAAGUGCUGAAGGCACUUUUCAGCGAUUACAAACCUAAAGACAUUGCGAUCAGAAGGCCUGAUCAAUUGGCUAGAGAACAGAAGAGAAUUGAGGAUGCUAAGUUGGAGGCCAUCAAGGCGGAGGAGGAGAAAGCACAAAGAGAGGUCGAGGAGCUAGAGAAGAAACUAAAGGCGAAGGGUAGAGCAUAA